AGCUGGAGCCGGAGCCUGCGGCUCGAGAGCCUUGAGACUGCCCCUCGGAGCUCCCGGCCAAGGCUUGACGUUUUAAAGGGAGCCCUGGACGCGCCGCUGCCCCCUCAGAUAUCCCGAGAGCGCGAGGAGAGGGAAAGCACAAGCGGACGCUCGCUGCCACUUUUCUCCCCUGAGCGGGCUAUACAAUCCUCGGCAGUGUCCUGAGACUGUAUGGUCAGCUCAGGGGUGGCUUGGCCGGGAUUGCAGCCUGGGGUGACGGCGAGUCCUUCUUCUUGAUCGUCUUUCGGCACGUUUGCGAGGAGCGCGCAAUAAGGGGCCUCUUCGCGGCCAGGGAACCUGCCCGACUGAAAGGAGCGCAGGAGAGGCGAGAGAGCGAGAGCACAACAGCCCAGCCCAGCCCAGCCUGCACCUAUCAAAGGCCUCCAGGGACCUUCCCACCCACCCAAGCCAGGCCCCCUGCCUGGAUCCGUGUGCGACUACACUGCCCUUGCCAAGACAGGACGCCUACGGGAGCCUUUCUGCCUUCCCUUGUGCUUGGGUUAACUAACCACAGGGGGAAUCGACAGGAGCCGCCGCAGCUUCCAGGAUGACAGCUGAAAAGGAAAAGAAGCGGAGCAAUUCUGAAAGGCGGAAAGAGAAGUCAAGAGAUGCUGCCAGGUGCCGGAGAAGCAAAGAGACGGAAGUAUUCUAUGAGCUGGCCCAUGAACUACCUUUGCCUCAUAGUAUUAGCUCACACCUUGACAAAGCAUCAAUAAUGCGUCUUGCAAUCAGUUUCUUACGGACACACAAACUGUUGUCUUCAGUCUGUGCUGACAACGAGAGUGAAUUUGAGAACAAUCAGCAGAUGGACAAUUUGUACCUGAAAGCUUUGGAGGGAUUUAUCACUGUCAUCACACAGGAUGGAGACAUGAUCUUUUUGUCAGAGAACAUCAGCAAAUAUAUGGGCUUGACGCAGGUGGAGCUGACCGGGCACAGCAUUUUUGACUUCACUCACCCAUGUGAUCAUGAAGAAAUUCGAGAAAACCUGAGUUUGAAAAAUGGCUUUGGGAAAAAAAAUAAAGAGAUGUCCAUGGAGCGUGACUUCUUCAUGAGAAUGAAAUGUACUGUUACCAACAGAGGCAGAACUGUAAAUCUCAAAUCUGCUACAUGGAAGGUUUUACACUGCACUGGACAACUUAAGGUCUAUAAUACGUGCCCUCCUCAUGCUCUCUGUGGCUACAAGGAGCCUCUCUUGUCUUGCCUUAUAUUAAUGUGUGAACCUAUUCAACACCCUUCCAAUACUGACAUCCCACUGGACAGUAAGAUGUACCUGAGCCGUCAUAGCAUGGACAUGAAAUUCACCUAUUGUGAUGACAGGAUAACUGAAUUGGUUGGAUACCAUCCUGAAGAGCUGCUGGGUCGUUCUGCAUAUGAAUUCUACCAUGCAUUGGACUCUGAGAAUAUGACCAAAAGCCAUCAGAACUUGUGUACAAAAGGUCAAGUGGUCACUGGACAGUACCGCAUGCUCGCCAAGCAUGGUGGAUAUGUGUGGCUGGAAACCCAAGGAACAGUAAUCUACAAUACACGCAACCUGCAGCCUCAGUGCAUCAUCUGUGUCAACAAUGUCCUGAGUGAAAUUGAGAACAAUGAUAUUGUGUUCUCCAUGGAUCAGACAGAGUCGCUCUUUAAGCCUCACAUGAUGGCAAUGAAUCCUAUGUUUGAUAACGGAGUCCCCGUGACGGAUAAGAGUGAUUUCUUGUUCACCAAGCUGAAAGAAGAACCUGAAGAACUUGCCCAGUUGGCACCGACACCAGGCGAUUCUAUUAUUUCUCUUGACUUCGGAACACAAACAUUUGAGGAAAUCUCCACUUACAACAAAGCUGUGAUGGCCCCAAACAAGCAGUGGCCUCCGGAAGUGAAGACCCAGGCUCCCCAGACGGAAAAGCUGAGUGUGCCAUCGUUUACAUUGCCCCAGGUUGCACCUGGCAGCAGCACCCCCAGCGCAAGCAGCAACAGCAGCUGUUCCACUCCCAGCAGCCCUGGGGACUAUUACACUUCCUUAGAUGAAGACCUAAAGAUUGAGAUGAUUGAGAAACUUUUUGCCAUGGACACAGAUACCAAGAAUCAGUGCAACUCACAGACUGAUUUCAACGAGCUGGACCUUGAAACCUUGGCUCCUUACAUUCCGAUGGAUGGAGAAGAUUUCCAGCUCAGUCCUAUCUGUCAAGAGGAGCGCCCCCUCUCUGAAAGCGCCCAACUCACCCAACAGAGCUUAAGUAAUAUGAGCAACCUCUUCCAGCCCCUUGCUCCUUCCUUGCAGAACCAGCUCCUCCCAGAGAAAUAUUGCCAACCAAUGUCUAACAAAGACAUGAACACAGGCCAGGGGACUCUGCCACCAGCAUUCUUAAACAAUGGAAGCCAGUCGUCAUCCUUGCUGCCCUACUAUGCCCAAGCCAGCACUCCACUAUCUUCAAUGGGUGGAAGACCAAACACACAGUGGCCACCUGAUCCACCAUUACAAUACGUUCCCACGAAAUGGAGAGGAAUGGGCAAUAAGUGUCCGGGAUCGUUAGGUAGCUCUCCAUCAGGGCCACCACUGCAUUUGCGUAACGUGAACUUACAUAAGAAAAGGUCACUGGAGAGUUUUGGACAGCGGGGCAUAGAUAUAAACCCUGCACGGAUUGCCCUUGCCAACAGUUUGAAGCUGAAGCGGCAGCUAGACUACGAAGAGCAAGCAUUUCAACACCUGAGUGGGACACGAGGAGAUGUGUCUGGCAUUAACCCAACACAUUUAAUGUGGAAAAGGAUGAAAAUUCUCAGGAGUGAAAAUUGUGCGUUGCUUACAGAAAAAAAAUCACUCAGCACAAGUGUCCUUAAUGACGAGUUUCUUUGUAAGCCACAAAGAGGGUCAGGCCAACCGCCCAUGAAUGUGGUGCAGCAGCAGCAGCAACUGCAGGGACGGCAUCCGCCACCCUGUUUAGGAAACUCUGCCGAUAUGUCAAAAGCUGCCUUCCCCCCACACUUUUACCGUCCUCCUUACCAGAACUUCAGUGUGCCACAAGCUCAUAGGAUGUCAGGAGUCACAAGCCGCCUCCUUGGCUCAUCUUUGGAACCGUAUUUGUUGCCAGAAUUGACCCGAUAUGACUGUGAGGUUAACGUCCCAGUGCUGGGCAGCUCAACGCUCCUGCAAGGAAGUGACUUGCUCCAAGCUCUCGAUCAGGCGACCUGAGCCAGCAUUGCAGCAUUCCCUGGCCUAUACUGUUCAAAACAGCUGCAGUUUUUAAUUCUGUUUUUGCAAGUAGACAAUUUCUAAUACUGAUUACACUUUUACAAGAUUUUACUUACUUAUUGAACUUGUCCACAUUACCAAAUAGUGGCCUUUCUGUGAAGUUACUCACUCUCUUAUUUGUAUUAAAAAGAAAUAUGCAUCUACUGUAUUUUUCCUUUCUAUUUCGAUAAAAUGUUCCUUAGAAAAUUUAUAUUAUGAUUCCCCAUCACUGUGUGUAAUUUAUGUUUCUAAAACAUCCUCAUUAUUCAUGCUAAUAAAAGAAAAAAGUGAUGCCUCUAUGUAAAACUUUGACUCCAUUUAUUGCAAAGGUUUAUUUUUAUUUUAUUGCCAAAGAUGAGUGAAACAAACAAAUAUUUUCCCUAGCCACAGUCGGCCCUGCUUUGUUCAGUUGAAAUGCCUAUCCUUAGUUUUUCUUUGCAUUUUAUAGCAUGAAAAUCAUCACAGAUUUUGGUCUUUGUAACAAUUACAAAAGCAAGGAACAAAACAUUUAUAAUUCUAAGACACACACACAGCAACAGAGUUCACUUCACUAUUGGUUGGUCUUUGUUCAAGUUGUAGAUUAUAACUUUUUCAUUAUGUUUAGGUCACAAAUCUAAAACUUGGGGCUCUGCUUUUAUUUGAAGUAGGGCCAGCCUGACUGUAGGUAAUCCAAAUAGUAGGAUUAUGUAUUUUUUUAGACUGGACACUGAAGCCAGUGUAAAAUCUGAGCACUGUGGUCCUGUAUCCUCUGUGACAUUGCCAGUGAUCUUAGGAUGCAUUGCUCAGAUCAUGCAAUGUAGCCCCCUGGCUUAAGAAAUGUCUUGCGUUGGCCUGGAUUUGAGGAAUGGUGGAUUUUUUCUUUUUCUUUUUGCAUAUGGAAGAGCCAAAGCUACCAGGCAGAAAACUGCCUACGAGUUUUAGCAAUGUCAAGGUGCCUUUCCCACCAGACUUUACCCAACUCCCAGGCUAAGCUCCAUGUUCUCCUGCUUAAAUAAGUGGGAUGUGUACCUGCCAUCUUAGAUUUAGAGCAUGAUACUGAAAAGAAGCCCAAGUUGGCAGAACUAAUUUCUAUCCCACUUCCAUCUUAGUUCAGUGUCAUCCUCCUCAGAACCUGAUUCACUAAGUCAGGAAUUUGAGAGUGAAUGAGAGUAGGGGACAAUUCAGAGAAGAGGGGGAUUGCUGUACAAUUUAAGAUAAGUGAGGGGUGGAGCAAUUUGACCCAUUUGUGUGUAUUAAUUCUCCAUAUAUAUUUUUACACAAAAUGUAACUCUGAUACUUUCUCUGGAUUAAAUGUUUAUCAUAUAUUGGUACUUUGUUAUACCUUGUAGAACACUGAUGCAGAGCCAUGAACCUUUCUUAGAAAGUGUUUUACUUAGUUCUGGUAGAGUUUUGUUAAGUUGUUGCUGAUGUUGCAGAAUUUGUCCAAAGGCUAUUACUAACCCUGCUAAUUGCCAGUUAAGUUGGGGGGGUAUCCCGCAGCUAGUUAGCCAUGUUCUCUGCACUACUGAAUUUUGCUGAGAAAUAAACUUAAAUAUCUUAGCUUGCCUACUUAUUAAAAGUAAAGGUGUCCCUGCACUUAUAGCGUGAGUCGUUUCCGACUCUUAGGGUGACGUCUUGCAACGUUUACUAGGCAGACCAUAUAUAUGGGGUGGGAUUGCCAGUUCCUUCCCCGGCCUUUCUUUACCCCCCCCCGCGUAUGCCGGGUACUCAUUUUACCGACCACGAAUGGAUGGAAGGCUGAGUGGACCUCGACCCCUUUUACCAGAGAUUCGACUUCCUCCUUCCGUUGGAAUCGAACUCCGGCCCUGAGCAGAGCUUCAGCUGCGUUACCGCAGCUUACCACUCUGCGCCACGGAGGGUCUACCUACUUAUUACACUGGGGAAAAUCAGAUAUUAUAGGCUCUGGAGUGGUUGAGUGGGCAGAUGUUUGUUGUCUUUUUCGUUUACCUUUUAAUUGUUGAUAGCCUUUCAAGUGCAAAUAUUUUUUUCAGUAGGUCAUCAAUAGGGCAAUCUGAACUUUCAGAAAUGCUAUUUUAAAAAAACAAUGUUGGUGCUCAGGAAUUUAUUUAAAAUGGAAGGAGUCUGUGUUACUCCAUGCAAUCCCCGUUGCCUUUGCUGAGCAAACAGGCACACUCAUAUAUUCAAUCCAGCAAUAAUACAAGCUCCAGGAACUGUGGAGUGCAGAUUUUAUAAUAUUUAUUAAAGCCUUAGAACUUCAGUAAGAGAGACAAGGUUGGGAGGGCCAAGGGGCAAAUUCAGGGCAACAGAAAAUAUUAGGCUGUAGGCUUGAUCUAUCCAGAAGAGAGAGUUUACCUGGUACAAAUCAACAUAGAUUUAUAAAAGCCAGUGGAUUUCCUUAGAAACUAGAGCCAUUUUCUAUUUAUGGCUCCUCCUGAUCAUAGUUCUAGUUCAAAGAAAGUUACUUGUGCCAAGACCCAUUGAAAUCAAUAGGACUCAAGAUAAUCACAGCUAACCUGCCCUAUAAGCCCAAUUGAUUUCCUUAGAACUUGAGCAUAACUAACUUUCCUGGAGUCGGCUCAGACCAAAAUUUUAUUGCACAGUACAUGCGUUAAUCUUUGAAGGUGCCACAAGAGUCUCAGUCCAUUGCAGCGAAAACAACACACACAGCUCCCCCUCUGGAUUGGGAACCUUGACUUCUUCAAUGUGUCUCAGAGGAUGACAUCUAAUUAACUUGUUCUGUCAGUGCAAGGAUUUCCAUUUGCACAAUAGAACUUACCCCUCCCCUUGAAUGUCUCCUAAAUCUCUUCUGGGGGUUCUUCAAAUAUCUGGAGCAGAUUUGGGGGAGGCACAGGGCAAGCAAGUAGAGAUGAGAGGGUUGCUCUGCUGCACAAACAGAAAUCCUUGCACUGAUGGGAUGAGUUCAUUAGAUACUACCCCAAGUUCUGUGUAUUCUGCAAUGUACAUAUGGAGCUCUUGCAAAACAGUUUACUCAUUUGUUUCAGUGUAGGUCUGUGUACACACACAUCCCUUGGAGUUUCUCCAUAGCACUGAACAGGGAAGUUCCUAGAAGUACAGAAUCUCCAUGCAUGCACUGGAGCUUCUGGAGCCACAAAGAAUUGUAAGCUUUUGGCACCAGCUUUGUACAUUGAUCCCAAUAAUUUUAGCUCACUCCUUUGGAGAUGCUGCAUUCCUCUGAAGGGCCAAUUUUGACACAAUGUACAUGAUCCAGCCAAAACUCAGCAAUUAAAUUCAAAGUGAUUUCGGUGAGCGAGUGUUAAACAGGUGCUCGAACCUCUUGUAUUGAAAAUAAAUGGGAAAUAAAAGUGCUUAACUCUGGAUGGAUUUUGCCUGAUUUGGGGAGAUAGGCCUCCAGGGAGGAGUAGCUAUGAAAGCCAUUAUUUAGGGAAAGAUUCAUGAGCAAAAAUGCUCAUGAAUCUAGACUGCUCAGGGAUCUUUCCCAUUCAACCUACACUUUAUAAAGGAAAGUCAAAAUUGAUGUGAAGGCUACAUUUUCUAAUCCCUGUCAAUCUGAUCCUCCCUGUUUGGGGGGGGAGUGCAGAAUCCCUCUGAUAUUUAAAGCUUUGCAUUCAGAUAAUUAUUCUGGUUCCUGCCUUAGAGCUUUCAUAGUCUCCUAGCAGCACACAUACGUUGCACCAAUGGCUAGCCCCUUCCCCCCCCAAAAAAAAAUUGCUGCAAGAGCUCCUCCUGAGAAACUCUCCUACAUUUGUUCUCUGUGCUCUGUUGCCUUGCCACUUGGGAGAUCAGCAUCAGUGGUAAGAAUUCCAUUGAUGCAGGGGACAAGCCCUCCCAAGAAACCUUCCUCACAUAUGCAUAAAUAUUUUAGCAGUGAAUCUUGAAUGAAUCAGUAAGGAUCAUAGCCAGGACUUGUGCCGGCUUAAUAUUUCACCUGUGCUACAUUAUACAAGGUCCAGGAGUAAUUUGCUAUGCGACAUACAUUUUUAAACAAAAUAUUAUGGCCUAUGAUAUGUUAGGGAGUUGUUACAAUUAAAAAAAAAUGAGGGCACAAUUCAAGCCAGUAUUAAGCACAGGUGAAUGCAGCAAACCCACAUAAGGUAAUGCUCAUCAGAGGAACCAUGAUUGCUGUAGGUUCCUGUUGUGUGUAGUACAGUCUGUGGCAAAUCAGAGUUUGCUUCUGGGUAACGUAAAAAUUGGCUCUUUACCGUGUUUGGCUGGUUCGUGGCUUGAGCUCUUUUGAGAAAAGUUAUAGCUAAGCUCUAGGCAGAAGCACAAAUUAACUUAUCACUGUCAGGCUGCCAACCUCAAGCAGUUUGCCCUGAAGCAGCCUUUCCCAACCAGUGUGCCUCCAGAUGUUGUUGGACCACAACUCCCAUCUUCCUGACCAUUGGCAAUGCUGGCUGAGGCUGAUGGGAGUUGUGGUCCAACAACAUCUGGAGGCACACUGGUUGGGAAAGGCUGCUCUAAAGUAAUCCCACUGAUGUACAGUAGCAACUCUGGGGUAAAUGCCUGUGGCUGCAGCAAAGCAGAUCUAAUUGUUGUAAUGAAUUGUGUGCUUGAAGGGUUACUCACACUGGCUGUUAUAUUUUUAAUCUCUGUUUGUAGUUUCAGCAUUAAGAUGUUGUACCCUAACCUUUUAUUAAAACACAUGAGGGGGAGGGAGGAGGGGUAAAUAAAUAAAUCCAUGCUUAAAAUAUUAACCAUAACUAUUGUCCUAAUUAUUUCAUGCUCUCUAUAUUGUUGAAUUUCUUAUUGAUAAUCUUGUAACUGUAUGGGAACUUUUAACUUGAUAAGGAAAUGUAUUUUGACACACUGAUACCAUAUUAAAGUAUACUGAUCCUGAAA